AUGGCAUCGUGGAGCCCUGACGCCCCAUGUUCCUGUGACUGCUUUGUCUCGGUGCCCCCGGCCUCGGCCAUCCCAGCUGUCAUCUUUGCCAAGAACUCAGACCGACCCCGGGAUGAGGUGCAGGAGGUGGUGUUUGUCCCGGCGGGCACUCAUGCCCCUGGCAGCCGGCUCCAGUGCACCUACAUCGAGGUGGAGCAGGUGGCGAAGACCCACGCUGUGAUCCUCAGCCGCCCUUCCUGGCUGUGGGGGGCGGAGAUGGGCGCCAACGAGCAUGGCGUCUGCAUUGGCAACGAGGCCGUGUGGACCAAGGAGCCAGUUGGGGAGGGGGAGGCCCUGCUGGGCAUGGAUCUCCUCAGGCCCCUUCUCCCCACAGAGGGCGCCCGCAACAUCUCCAACCAGCUGAGCAUCGGCACCGACAUCUCAGCCGAACACCCGGCGCUCCGGCUUUGCGGGCCCCUGACCCUGUCCCGCUUGGCAGGGGGCAUCACGGCCGAGGCGAUGAUGGGCAUCCUCAGGGACCAGCAGAGGGGCAUCUGCAUGGACUCCGGGGGCUUCCGCACCACGGCCAGCAUGGUGUCCGUCCUGCCGCGGGGCCCCAGAGGCGGGGUCUGCGGGGCAGGGGUCGCGAGGGACGUAGAUGGCCGUCCUCCAUCCCUCCAUCUGCGCCCCCUCAGGUCCGUGUUCAAACCUUUCAUCUUCGGGGCGGGGGCGGCCCAGGCCCCCCAGGUGCUGUCCCCCACCUUUGGAGCACAGGACCCCGUCCGGACCGCGCCCCGCUUCCAGACUCGGGUGGAUCGCCGGCACGCUCUCUACCGCGGACACCAGGAGGCCCUGGGGCUGAUGGAGCGGGAGAAGGACCUGGGGCAGCAGCUGCGGCAGAAGCAGCGGGAUCUGGAGCAGGAAGGCCUGGAGGCUGUGAGGGGGCUGCUGGCCGGGGCGGGGGCCCCACCCCCCCAGGAGCUGGGUGGCCUCUUCCAGGCCUUUGUGGAGAGGGAGAGCCAGGUGUACGCCUGAGCGCCACAGCUCCUCCUGGCCUGGCCUGGGGCGCGGGGCUGGGGGUGGGCCUGGACCCCAGGGGCAGUGGGAUCUGAGCAGGUCCUUCACGCCCCUUGUUCCGACUGGC